UCAUGUAUUGGGGAAUCAAGUUCUUUUCCUUUCAUUUCUUUCCCUCCAAAGUGGAACCUAGAAUUUGCUUCUUCUAGGUAUAUUCUCUACUAUUGUCCACCCUGCCCACUAAAAUCUUCCUUUCUCGGGCUUAUAUAUUCCUUUUUGUGUUCAAUACUAAACAAUCUGAGUCCCUUCUGGCCUCCUCAAUUAUUAUCCUUCAAUAUGAGUUUCGAGAAUCAUGGAAAACAGACCAUUUCGAUUGGGCCAUGGGGAGGUGAGAAUGGAUUGCACUGGGAUGAUGGAGUUUAUUCCACCAUAAGGCAACUUGAAAUAGCUCAUGGAACAGGAGUUGAUUCUCUUAAGGUUGAAUAUGACAAAAAUGGAACCUCAGUAUGGUCAGAGAAGCAUGGUGGCAGUGGAGGUGCUAAAACAGACAAGGUACGACUUAAUUAUCCAGAUGAGUUUCUAACUUGUCUGCAUGGAUAUCAUGGUAGCUUACACGAAAGGGGGUCAGUUUUUGUGCGAUCACUUACAUUUCAAAGCAACAAAAGGACGUAUGGACCAUAUGGUGUCCAGCAAGGAACAUAUUUCACUCUUCCAAUUUCUAGUGGAAAAGUUGUUGGCUUCCAUGGAAAAUCUGGCUGGUAUCUUGAUGCUAUUGGAGUAUACGUAGAGCCUAUUCAUAAAUCUUUGCCGACUAAUUCUAUUCUUCAGUCUCAGCAACACCAUUCUAUCGUUCAUUCCCAACAAAGUGUUGUCCAAGGGUUUGAGAAUUAUGAAUACUCAAUGAUACAAGGAAGUCUCGGUAAAAAUUUUGAUCUAAUUGUUGCAGUUAGACGCAAAGAUGAGAACAGUAACAUUUUACCUCCCACCACACUUUCAAGACAAACUUCUGGUUCUGAUCAUGAUUCCAGUUCUACUGGACCAAAUAAAAAGGUGGAAACUAUAACCCCUGCCCCUAUUGAGAGAGUCCCGUCGAAAAGUGUCAAGGGUGUUGUCACAUAUUGUCCCUGGGGUGGAAGUGGGGGGAGUGUUUUUGAUGAUGGAAUCUAUGAUGGUGUUAGGCAAAUUUACUUGUCACGCAAUGUGGGAAUCGUUUCGAUAAGAGCUUGCUAUGACAAAAAUAGAGAACCAGUUUGGGGAAGCAAAAAUGGUGGUACUGGUGGAUUUAAAACUGAGAAGAUAAUAUUUGAUUAUCCAUCAGAGAUUUUGACGCACAUCACAGGCUACUAUGGACCAGCCAUGAUUAUGGGUCCUAACAUUAUUCAAUCACUAACUUUUCAUACCACAAAAGGCAAACAUGGACCUUAUGGAGAAGAACAAGGACAACAAUUUUCAACCAAAUUGAAAGAAGGGAUUAUUGUUGGCUUUCAUGGGAGGAAAGGAUUGUUUCUUGAUGCACUUGGUGUUCAUGUGUUGGAAGGAAAAGUUGUUUCAUGUUUACCCCCUUCCCCGGCCCCCAACUCCAUCAAACCAAGUGCAGCGUCUGUCCCGUUUUUACCUGCGCCAGCUCCCCCCCAAUCAAUCAAACCAGAUGCAGUAACUCUCCCAUCUUUACCUGCACCGGCUCCCCCCAAAUCCGUCAAACCAAAACCAGCAUUUGUCACUGAGGUUGAUGAUAGACCACAGUGGUCUUUUAAACUGGGAAAGAAAGGACUCACUGAGGAGACUAAAAAGGAAAAGAGACAGAUAAAAUGGAACGGAGGAGUGCAAAGGAUAGUGAAAGAUCCAGCACCAUAUGGACCUGGUCCAUGGGGUGGAGAAGGUGGGAAGCCAUGGGAUGAUGGAGUAUUCACUGGGAUCAAACAGAUAAUACUAACACAAUCAUCAGAAGGCAUUUGCUGUAUCGAAAUUGAGUACGAUCGAAAUGGACAAUCUGUUUGGUCAGUAAAACAUGGCGCAAAUGCUGGGAAAUGCACAAAUAGGGUAAAGUUAGAGUAUCCUCAUGAAGUACUAACUUGCAUCACUGGAUUCUAUGGUCCUAUAAGCAAAGAUAUGGGGUUGAAAGUGAUAAAAUCACUGACUUUUCACACUACUAGAAGGAAGUUUGGUCCCUUUGGGGAGGAACUAGGAACAUAUUUCACAUCAGCAACAACAGAAGGUAAAGUGGUAGGAUUUCAUGGGAGGAAUGGAAUGUAUUUGGAUGCAAUUGGAGUGCAUAUGCAACACUGGUUAGGCAAUCAGAAAACCUCCAAGCAUUCUCUUAUGAAGAUGUUCCAUUGAUAGUUUUUCUCUUUUGAAUAAAGAAAAGUCCAAAAUAGAACAGAACCGAUAAGUUCUGUGUGGAAAACAUAUUCCUAUAUUGUUUUGGCUUUUGUGCGUGUGAGAGAGCAUAAUGAAGUUCUAUUGUAAUAAUAUUCGCAUUAUUUAUAUUUCUGGUGCCUUCAUCAGCUUGCUCUA